UUCGGAUGGAGAUUAUAUUGCGGCUUGGACUAUGUUGGUUCGCACUGUCGGAUCCCUUCUGGGUGAUAGCCAGGACUCCGAACACAAAGGCAGGUCUUGCAGAAGAGACGGUCCACGGAACACCAAAAGCCCCUGUCCCUACAGAGCUACCUCAAGUAGCUGAGCGUUGUAGAGGUUACUACGAUGUGAUGGGCCAGUGGGACCCACCAUUUAACUGCAAUGCCAGCAGCUACUUAUACUGCUGUGGUACAUGUGGCUACCGCUUCUGCUGCCAGUUCAAACAUGGGAGGUUGGACCAAAGUAUGUGUUCCAACUAUGACACUCCAAACUGGGCCAACACAGGGAAGCCACCUGCCCGCGGUGAGGACUCGGCUGACGACCCCAGCAAGGAUAAGACCAACAUGAUUGUGUAUAUUAUAUGCGGAGUGGCUGCGCUCAUGGUGCUGGUGGGAAUCUUCACCAAACUGGCUGUGGAGAAGACGCAGAGACCUCAAACGGACAUGAAUGUGUCCAGGACUCUAACUGACCUUCUAAAGCAACCAGCCCAGGUUGAUCCGUUAAAUGAUGGUCAUAGAGGCAGUAUACAGGUUCAAAUCACAGAAGUUAUACCAAGAAUAUCUCCACGAAACAGUAUAGAUCACACAAAUUUCAAUAACAUGGGGCUGACCUCCCCUUUGGCUCCUCAAAUUGGUAUGUCACAAAGUCAUACAAAACGAACACAGUUGUCCCCAGGAAUUCCCUUACAAGACCAAGAGAUCUCCUCAAAAUAUGCUUCAAAAAAAGUCACUGAAACGGCAUCAGAUGACUUUUACAACAGAUUUCCAGUGGUGGACAUCGCUGGAACAUCUCCAUGCUUCCAGCCUGGUGUAGUAAUAACCCAAGAAAACUCCCCUUUACCAGAUAACUCCCCUCAUAUACCUCCUAAGUCAAAUCACAAAGUUAAAGUCUCUAAAACCAACACACACCCUCUUGCAGGGGUUGGAUUUCAAGGAUGGGACCCAAAUCAUCAUGACGUUCGAAGACAAGUUUAUGCCAACAAGAGGCAGUUCAGCAUUGAAAAGCUUCCCGAACUGUUCAGUCAUCAGGGUCAUUAUAGCAAAACACCCCAACGCCACUUCUCUAGCAACAGCAAGACAGAGGUCACUGUCUGAAAACUGCUACAGUAUGUUUUAUAUCCUAUCACUUAGACAUAUAUGACAUAUGACAUAUAUGUGAAUGGAAAAUAUAUUAUUUAACAUCUGUGUUCUUAAGUUCAGUUUUGUGAAAACAGUGACACAUUUAAAAACUGAGAUGCAAAAACAAGGGAACUGCAACAGCAACAAUUCAUUAAAGUGCUGGUAAAAAGAAUUCCUGUAAAGAAACUAAGAACUUCUACAAAGACUUAUAAAGUUAAGACUUACUAACAAAGACUCAUGACAGGUCAUGCAAUAAAGCCUAAUUCGUUUUGCUCAAAGCUGCCCUAAACAGUUACGACAAAUUUUCUGCCAGAUACAAUAUAGGCUUAGGAUAACAAGAGUCUCAAUUGUAUUGCAUCUGAAACCCAUUUGGUUAUUAGUAGCUUAAUACAGUUAAGUGAGUUUAGUUUGUUUGGUUCUGUUGUUUAUUAAACUUAUUGUGGAAUGAUGUAUUGACCAGAGGGUUCUUAAAUAAAACAAAGUAUUUAAAAAAA